AUAGAUUUUUAAAUCUUGUUGCUCGGAUUAUUCUAGCAAACCUUUUUUGCUGAACUUGUCUCUAAGGGUUUUCUGGAAUUGAUGUAUAUGAGUUUUUUGGGUUGCUCAUUGUGAAUCCUUUAUCGCUUUAAUUUUUUUUAUUCUUUUUAUUUUUUUAUUGUUUUUUAAUUUUUAGCAAGAGUAUCCACUUUUCAAAUUCAACACAUAAUCGCGCGUUCUGGUCUAGAGUGCAGCGGAACGACAUGACGCCGUUGACGUGAAUUGGUCAAACUACCGAGGAUAAUAGUUACUUCGCGGUGAUUUUCCUCCUCGCGGCGUGACAGCGGCGCGCGGCGAACAGUCUUUCAAAAGACACGUCCUCCCGGUCCUCCGCCACCGAGAGAGCGUGUGCGGACGCAAACGACAGAGGCGCGUGACAGGUGCGCGGGACAAUUCGCGUGUAUACGAUAUACGUAUGGUUUGAACUGACAGCCAGCAAAGCGGGGGAAAGCGGGUCUUUCCUCCUGCACUGUGUAAUCACGCGUAGACCGCGGUGACUCGAUAUCUCGUUGCAUCAGUCUCUGAAGAAGAUCUGACCUCAGCACCUCUUCUCGAGGGUCCUCCGUUACGUGUGUAAUAUUCGUCCACAAAUAUGUCUUAUCAUCUCGCGAAGAAGUGUGCUAGCGCCAGUAAUCUCUGUCACGUGUUGACGCGUGUACAACCCACGAUUUGUAUUCAAAGAUAUAGUCACGUUCACGACAUAGACGUAAACUUAAACGGUGGACCGGUCAGUAUUCUGAAACAGAAAAUAGCAAGGGGUGAGUUGGCGAGUGAUGCACACCAGACGAAAGUGGCGCAGACCUUGCAGAGAAUUUAUCACGAGGUGCACGAUUACAAGCCACAGCAGUUAAAUCUGUUAGAAAAAUGGUUCGGCGGCAAGCGGAGGGAUGCGCCAAAAGGGUUGUACAUUUACGGAGCAGUGGGUGGAGGUAAAACAAUGUUGAUGGACCUAUUUUACAAUUGUUGCCAGAUUAAAAAUAAAAAAAGAGUCCACUUUCACUCUUUCAUGCUGGACGUGCAUAGCAGGGUACAUGAGGUGAAGAAGACUAUUGUACGAGACGUCACUAGCACCAAGCUGCAACCUUUUGACCCAAUACCUCCAGUCGCCUCUGGCAUCGCAGAGGAGACAUGGUUGCUGUGCUUUGAUGAAUUUCAGGUGACAGAUAUUGCAGACGCAAUGAUACUGAAGCGACUGUUUAUGGAGCUGUUCGAUAAUGGUGUGAUAGUGGUCGCAACUAGCAACAGAUCGCCAGACGAUCUGUAUAAGAACGGACUGCAGAGAGGAAACUUCGUACCAUUUAUAAAAGUGUUGAAGGAUCAUUGCUUGGUUAGUAACUUGGACUCUGGAAUAGAUUACAGACUGAAGUCAGGAUCUGGAGACAAAAAGAUAUACUUCAUAAAAGGCAAGGAUGCAGCGAACGACGUGGACAAGGUUUUUAAGUAUCUGUGUUCCAAAGAAAACGACGUGAUACGGCCACGCACGAUCUCCAUAAGAGGACGCAAUGUCACUUUUCGAAAAACCUGCGGGCAGGUGAUGGACUCCACGUUCGAGGAAUUAUGCGACAGGCCUCUCGGAGCGAGUGAUUAUUUGCAAUUGAGUCAGGUGUUUCAUACGGUCAUAAUAAGAGACGUGCCUCAGUUAAAUCUACGACUUAAGUCUCAAGCCAGGCGAUUUAUCACUCUCAUCGAUACAUUGUACGAUAAUAGGGUGCGAGUAGUUAUGUCGGCAGCUGUACCACACACGCAAUUGUUUUUACCGGAAAGUGAGUCCGAAUACACCGAAUACACCGAUGAGAAGAGAAUGUUGAUGGAUGAUUUAAAGAUUUCGCAUGGUUCGGAGGAUCACAAGGCGAACAUCUUUACUGGAGAAGAGGAGCUUUUCGCGUUUGAUCGUACCGUGUCGCGUCUGGCUGAGAUGCAAACCUCACAGUAUUGGGAGCAAUGGGAGCACCACAGAUAAUGAUAGUUUUAAUAUUAGCAAAUAGAUUCGUAUAGCUCCGUACGAAUUUAUUCUUUACUUGAGGCUAACGCAGGUUGUUAGUAUUGACGAGCGUAAUUUUUAAACGAUCUCUCGCGCGAGCAUUAAACUUUCGUCAAGUGCACGCGUUUCGUCCAUGUUUAACUUUCUCGUCCGUUUAACUUUCUCAGUAUUUUGUCUCGUAAAUUAUUUCGUUAAGGACACAAGAGUUCCUCGGAGAUUACCUUUAACGUUAAAUUAUUUAUAUGAUUAUUUAUGAGUGUAAAAUCAUAUAAAGUGAGCCCUUAUGCAAUAUGUACGUUUGUAUUGUGUGUAUAUAUGCAAAAGUCAAUUGCAGUUAAAUUACAAUUAAAAUGAAUUUUUGCAUUAA